ACUUUUUGUUUCUCUUUUCUGUCAUACUGGCUCUCAAAUGUCUCAACAAAAGCAAAAACGAAUCAGCGAUCAGUGGAGAACGAAGACAAAAGCUUUCAAGAAGGAUUUUUGAGAAGUUUGUUUCCGAAUAUACAGCAGAUUCUCAUGUGAUUCACUUUUGAAACCAUCGUUCAGAAAUUGAAAGUAAACUUUAGACUGCUGGAGCUCAAACAGUGGAAAUGGCUUCAGUAAAUGUAUCUGCAGACGAACUUUCUUGUCCCAUGUGCUGUGAAAUCUUCAAAGCUCCUGUUGUUUUAUCAUGUAGUCACAGUGUCUGUAAAGAGUGCCUUCAUCAGUUCUGGAGAACCAAGGAAACCCAGGAGUGUCCUGUCUGCAGGAGAAGAUCCUCAAGAUCUGAUCCUCCUGUUAAUCUUGCGUUAAAAAACUUAUGUGAGUCAUUCCUGAAGGAGAGAAAUGAGAAGCAUUCAUCAGGAUCUGGAGAGAUUUGCAGUUUACACAGUGAGAAACUCAAACUCUUCUGUCUGGAGGACAAACAGCCGGUGUGUUUAGUGUGUAUUAAUUCACAAAAACAUGACAAUCAUAAAUUCAGACCCAUCAGUGAAGUUGUUUCAUCAUAUAAGAAGGACCUCAAUACAGCACUGAAAUCAUUACAGGAGAAACUUCAACACAGAGAGAAAAUGAAAGGAGAGUUUGAGAAAACAGUUCAACACAUCAAGUCUCAAGCUGAGCACACAGAGCAUCAGAUUAAACAGCAGUUUGAGAAGCUUCAUCAGUUUCUCAGAGAUGAAGAAGAAGCUACAAUCACUGAACUGAGAGAGGAAGAGGAGCAGAAGCAGCAGAUGAUGAAGGAGAAACUGGGGGAGAUGAACAGACACAUCUCAGCUCUUUCACACACAAUCAAAGACAUGGAGGAGAUGAUGAAAGCCAGUGAAAAUGUCUGCUUUCUAAAGGAGUUUCCAGUCUCAAUGGAAAGAGUCCAGAACCCAUCACAGCCGGAUCCACAGACGCCUUCUGGAGCUUUGAUUCAUGUGCCACAUUACUUGGGCAACCUGCCCUUCAGAGUCUGGAAGAAGAUGGAGGACAUCGUCCAAAACACUCCUGUGAUUCUGGAUCCAAACACUGCAAAUCCACGUUUCGUCCUGUCUGAUGAUCUUACCAGUGUGACAAACAGCGAGAACAAUCAACCUGUUCCUGAUAAUCCAGAGAGAUUUGAAUGUUAUGAAUGUGUGCUGGGUUCAGAGGGUUUUAACUCAGGAACACACAGCUGGGAUGUGGAGGUUAAACGGAGUUCAUGCUGGAGACUUGGAGUAACUACAGCAUCAAACCAGAGGAAGGGGUGGGGUUUCUUUGACACUAAUGUCUGGUGUGUGCAGUAUAAUCAGUACGGUGUGUUUUUAGGUUCUGGUUUUUGUCUUGAACAGAAGCUUGAUCGUGUGAGAGUGUAUCUGGAUUAUGACAAAGGAAUGGUGUCAUUUUCUGAUCCUGUAACUAACACACAUCUACACACAUUCACAACCACAUUCACUCACAUUCUCUUUCCAUUCUUCUGUUGUUUUGACUCUCUGAAGAUCUUACCAGUCAAUAGUCAGUAAUUGUUAUUCCAGGGGUCUCAUUUAAUCCUAAAAGUGUACGUGUUCACAAAGGUUUUCAGAUUUAUAAAACCAAAACAGAACCUGCGCAAAAAUCCCUUUAUAAAUCGAAGUCGGGAAGAUAUGUGCGUACGUGCGUCUCCACCCCGAAAUCAUAUGGAGAUUACAACGCCUCGUUUUACUGUGCAUAACCUCAUC